AUGGAUAAUUUAACUAGAGAUGAGCAAGUUGUAGUAAACUUUGAAGAUCAACAAGCUAUUGGGAAAAGCCAAGGUUUACUUGCUGGAUAUUUAGGGACAUUAGCAGUUGAUUGUAAGUUAUUUCCAAUCAACUUCUCAAAGUGGUCAGAACCUCUAGGUAUACCUCGAUCUAGGUUUGAAGAGUGUUUUAGUAACUUGCUGAAGCCAAAAUUUCAUUUCAAAAUUUCUGAAGGCAUUGCAAAGUUAUAUUGCAAAUUGAGCCUUGCAAAAAAGUGGUCACAACAUAGAAUUAAGUUGUGGAAUGAGUUCUAUGAUCCAUGUAUGAGUAGACAAGCAAUCAUUGAUAAUGUCUCAGUUGGCAUCGACAGAGAUCAAUGGGCAUCCUUCAUUCAAUAUCGGUUUUUACCUUCUACAAUGGAGAUGUGUAGGAGAAAUAAAGAAGUUCGCAAGAAGCAAACAAUUCUUCAUAUUGGUGGCUCAAAACCCAUCUCAAGGAAAAGACAUGAAAUAUUUUUACAAAUUGGGCGAAAAAUUAGCCGUGGAGAAAUAUAUAUAGCAACUCAUAAGAAGAAAGAUGGGUCCUUUGUGACUGAUGAAGCAAGGAAUAUAGCGGAACAAAUUGAACUACUUAUGACUCAAAAUGAGAAAGAUGAAUCUGGACCAUCCACAAAUGAUGCUAUUGGCAAAGUCUUUGGGGAGGAACAUUCUGGUAGGGUGCGAUGCUUGGGAAUGGGAGCUACACCUACUAAUACUUUCAGAGGUGCCAAUCAUCUUGGCCAGUUUGCUAAUUCUUCAAUUUCAAUGUCUUCUACCAAUUACUCCCAAGCUGAUUUUAAACGUUUAGAGUCUAAAUUUGAUGGGACAUUGACUGCACUAAAGGCUUAUUUCCUUUCUAAAGAAGGAAGAAUUCCUGCUGAACUUACUAGUAUAUUUGACCACGGAGCUCAGGCUAAUGAUGUUGAAAAUGAAAUUAUUACACCAGCAACAGGAAGAGCAUCAUCAUCAGGUGGAAGCAAUGAAAAUUGUGAAGACAUUGUUUAG